GACCAGAAAGGAAUGUAAGACCAGCUUGCAUUCCGCACCCUUUUCUAUUCCUCACCCCCCCUUAUAAAAUGUUCCAUUUCCAACCUGUUUUUUAAUAAUUCAUUUCAAUCUCUUCUUCUUCCUUAUUUUUUUUUCUCUUCUUUGUUGUCUAUUCCUUUCCCCCUUCACAAAUUUGGGUAAACCACCAAUCAUCAUAAAAUUCAAUCUCCAUGGCUUCGUAUGAACAGCAAGGAGGAAAGCCUUUACCCAAAUUCGGGGAAUGGGAUGUGAAUGAUCCUGCUUCGGCUGAAGGAUUCACUGUUAUAUUCAACAAGGCUAGAGAUGAGAAAAAAACUGGUGGAGGGGGAUCGGGCCGAAUUAAUUCACAAAGAAGAUCUAAUUCGCGCAAGGUCGAGGAAGAUAAAUCCUCCAAGAAAAAGUGGUUUUGCUUCAAACCAUAGACAAACAAGGACGUGUGUGAUUUGUUGCAUAGAAAAUAUGAUAUCUAUCACUAAACCACGGAUUAGAUACAAAACAUCGUUGUAGUGUCUAGUUUUGUUUUGUUUACUUUGUUUUUCUUUGCAACCUAAUACAUAUAUGGAUCUAUCAUAAGCUACUUGUAAUACCUUCCCAGCCAAAAAAAUAUAAUAAUAUAUGUAAAUAGGUGAAUGAAUAACUAUGUUCUACAAUUGCAUUUGCAGAAAUUGUUGGUUCUGAAUACUUUGUUCA